GAGUCCUGCUGUUUCCCUUCAAACAAAAGAAGCGCCAUCGCUCCGCCAAUACUACCGUACAAAUCAAGCCCACGAGACACGUGGCGAGCCGAGGUUACAUACGGCUGCCAUACAGAUACAGGUACAAGGCCCCGACGGAAUCGUCGCGACAGACACACACACACACCCUACACAAGCCUCGCCCCCGCUUUUCCUCCUCCUCCGCCGGAAAUGCUCUGCCUCUCGCCGCGCGCCCCGGCGCCGUGCCUCCACGGCCCGCACGCAGCGAAGGCCCCGCCCUCCUCCGUCGCCGGCGGCAAUGCGGGCCGCCUUCCGCCGCGGCGGUGGCGGCUCGCGAGGCCCCGCGGCUGCUCGGCCGCCGCGCCGCUCGCGAAGGCGGUGCCCGUGGCGCCGCGGACGACGGCGGAGAGGUGGGGGUCGCUGCGGGAGAUGCGGCGGGUGUGGUGGGUGUGCGGGGCCGGGUACUGGGUGCAGGGGUUCCGCUGCUUCCCGUGGCUGGCCCUCAACUUCCACCUCACCCGCGGGCUCGGGCUCAGCCCCGUCGCGCUGCAGCUCGUGCAGAACGCCGGCAGCCUCCCGCUCGUCGCCAAGCCGCUCUUCGGCGUCCUCUCCGACGCCGUCUACAUCGGCCGCGAGCACCGCCUCCCCUACAUCUCCAUCGGAGCAUUACUACAGCUUACUGCUUGGGGCACACUCGCGAUCAUGCCAGUUACGGGUGACACAUUUCCAACUCACAUGAUAUGCAUUCUGAUUGGAAAUCUUGGAGCAUCUGUGACGGAAGUUGUAAGCGAUGCUGUUGUCACGGAGUUCAGCAGAACACAGAGGACCGGCGUACUACAGUCUUAUGCAUUCAUAGGUCUGGCAGCUGGAGCCCUCCUAGGAAACUUGUCGGGUGGAUACGUUCUGUUGAGAACACAGGAACCAAAGCUUAUGUUCACAGCAUUCUCUGUCCUCCUUGGCCUCCAACUAGCACUCUCCAUAGGCACAAAGGAAACACUGCCAAGCUCCCAUGGAAACUCCAGAAGCCUUCUUCUCAAAAGCUCUUUGCCGGCCAAUCUUCGUAAGCAGUUCUCAAACCUGAUGACAGCGGUCCGCGAGGAAAGGAUAUUCUACCCACUUGCAUGGAUCAUGACCUCGUUUGCUGUCGUGCCUGUUCUCUCUGGAACCAUGUUCUGCUUUCAAACACAGCAUCUGAAGCUCGAUUCAUCGAUCAUCGGUCUUUCAAAAGUCAUGGGACAGGUCAUGGUCGUCUCCCUUACCGUCCUCUACAACCGCUAUCUCAAAAGGAUUCCCCUGAGGCGCCUCGUGUGUGGAGUUCAGAUAAUGUAUGCUUUCGCGGUGCUGUCGGAGUUGAUCCUAGUGAAGCAAGUAAACCUUAUGCUAGGGAUACCAAAUGAGGUAUAUGUGUUUUGUUUCUCAGCUCUCGCAGAAGCAAUCGCUCAGUUCAAGGUCCUGCCGUUCUCGAUCUUGUUGUCAAGCGUCUGCCCCCCUGGCUGCGAAGGUUCGCUCUUCGCCUUCUUCACAUCUGGAUUGGUCUUUUCAGCAAUUCUGAGUGGUGUGUAUGGGGUUGGACUGUCUGCCCUGAUCGGGCUGUCCUCUGGGGACUACUCAAGCUUGCCUUUGGGUAUUCUGCUGCAAAGUUUGGCCGCAUUGUUACCUUUGGCGUGGCUAUCUUUUGUGCCUGAAAACUGGACUGCCGACGGGAAGAUUGUAAAGCAAAGAUGAUGAGCGUAUUGACAUCAGAAGUAGAUCUUGUUAGGUACUGAAUGACAUUGUACAGGAAUUUCUUCUAGCCCAAGCAACUCAAUGGGAUUACAUGUAUAGGUAUCCAAAUGUGUUCUUUA